GCCGUGCCCAUGGGCUCUUACCAAGUGCCGCUGGCUAUCAUGUACCUGCUGGGAAUGCUGGUCACUUCCUGCCUUGGACAGGACACAUGGGAUGGCUUAGGUUAUCAGGUGAUGCUAAAUGGCUCCAACUCCAAGUGCCAGGGCAACCUGGAGAUCCAGAAAGAAAGCCUGAGGCACACCUUGUGCAGUUCCAGUUGGGGCUGGAGCCAAAAUGAAUGGGGGAAACUCGGUCCAACCUCGGAAAAAAUCUGCCAGCAGGUGGGAUGUGGGGGCCCCUUGGCUCUCAUCUCCUUCCCUUCGUUCAAUAGACCCCAGAACCAGAUCAUCUGCCAUGGACCCCUGUGGUCUUUCUCCAACUGCACUCCAAUCUCACAGGCCAGUUGCCUCCCACUAGGCCUGGUCUGCCAAGAGCCCCAGAGGACGAUGCCUCCAUCCACAAGCACCCUACCCACCACCACAGUUCCUCCUAGACUGCAGCUGGUGGCCGGACAUGGGGGCCUGCAGUGCACUGGCAUGGUGGUGUUCUACAGUGGUAGCCAGGGUGGCACCAUCCUCUACAAGGCUCAGGACAGCCCCCAGGGCCUGGGGAACCUCAUCUGCAAUACCCUCCAGUGUGGGUCCUUCCUGACACAUCUAUCGGGCCGAGAGGCAGCAGACCUGGGAGAGCUGAGAGACUCCAGGCUCUUGCCAAUUCGGUGGGAGGUCCGGAACUGGAGCUGUGCCUCCCUGGAUCAGUGCUUCCAGAAAACCCAGGCCCAGGAGGGCGGCCACAUGCUCAAUGUCAUCUGCUCAGGUUUCCAGCCCAAGGUGCAGAGUCGCCUGGUGGGGGCCAGCAGUAUAUGUGAGGGCAUCGCGGAAGUGCGCCAGGCAUCACAGUGGGCAGCCCUAUGUGACAGCUCUGCAGCCAGGAGCCGGGCACGGUGGGAGGAACUAUGCCAGGAGCAGCAAUGUGGCAGCCUCAUUUCCUUCCACGUAAUGGAUGUGGGUCAGACAUCCUCCGGGCUCAUCUGUCCCCAGGAAAAGCUGUCUCAGUGUUACCAACCUCAGAAAAAAUCCUACUGCAAGAGGGUGUUCGUCACAUGCCAGGACCCAAACCCAGCAGGCCUGGCCCCAGGCACUGUGGCAAGCAUCAUCCUGACCCUUGUACUCGUGGUGGUGUUACUGGUCAUGUGCGGGCCUCUGGUCUACAAGAAGUUGGUGAAGAAAUUCCGCCAGAAGAAGCAGCGCCAGUGGAUUGGGCCCACAGGAGUGAACCAAAGCAUGUCUUUCCAUCGAAACCACACAGCGACUGUGAGGUCCCAGGUAGAGAACCCCACAGUCUCCCAUGCAGAAAACAACGAAUACAGCCAGCCUCCCAGGAACUCCCACCUGUCGGCUUAUCCCGCUCUGGAAGGGGCCCUUCAUCGCUCCUCCACUCAGCCUGACAACUCCUCAGACAGUGACUAUGAUCUCCAAGUGGCUCAGAGACUGUGAAAGAACUUGGAACCAGCAACCAGAGGCCAAGCAGAAAUCCUCUGUCCUGAGGAAGCUCUGUAUUCAUCACUUAGAAUGACACCCCUAUUUCCACUCCCAGCCAGAACUUGGACAGAGGUCAGUGUCCUUUCAAAAAGAUCCUUGGCCAUGAAGCAGCAGGGCAGCUUCUAUCCCUAAGGCCAGGACAGCUUGGCUGGUUUCCCCAAGAGUGGACCCUCAAAAGACACAGCUUUGGAGCAAGCAACCCUUCCAAGCAUAGACUCCAUUAUCCAGAGGGGUCCCCAUCCCCUGGGGAGCAGUGACCAAUGAGACUGGCCUUUCUUUUUGGACUCUGAGGCCAGGGAAGAAUGAUAGGACAGCAAACACCUGUGUGGGAGCCAAUUUCUCUUGUGUGUUUUUAGUAUGUUCUUUGUAAAUAAUGCUUUUUCUACUUCCCAAGAACUAGAGUGCUCAGGCUUCUUGUGUCCAGGGCCCCAUCCUGUGGGUCCUUCUGAAGAGAAACCUGCCGAGUCCU